AUGUCUUCUGCUGUAGCAGAGUUGGAGAAUUAUCUCCAGUCUAUGCUGGCUCUGAAGCCCCCAGGCGUUUCUGGAUCUAAGAUCAACAGCAUCACGUCACUUUGUACAGCCAACGUUCAGAACGAGUCCGUCCUUAUUCAGAAGAUUUAUACACACUUCAAGAAGGCACCGGGAACACACAAGUUGGGCGUACUCUAUGUCGUAGACUCUGUAACUCGACAAUGGGUAGAAGCAGCGCGCAAGGCAGGCCAGCCAUCUGGCAGUGCUGCCCCCGAUGGAACAUUCGCCGCUGGCGUCAACAGAGUGACCGAAUUACUGCCUGUCUUGAUGACUGAUAUCAUAAACAACGCCCCUGAGGAUCAAAAGGAAAAGAUCAAGAAGCUGGUCGAUAUCUGGGAACGUGGAUAUACAUUCCCUGCAUCCAUGCUCGCAUCAUUCAAGGAAAAGUUGAAUGCGCCUGCAUCUCAGAAUGUUGAAUCUACCACUCCCGAAGGAUCACCUGCACCGAAUUACAUUUCACUGGGAGGUUCGCAGCAGCAGGGAAAUGGCGCAUCCUCGACGACUCCCGCUCAAGCAGCGCCUGACACUUCCAGUAUCUUGAAAGCGUUGGCAGAUAUGGCCAAGCAGAACACAACAACGCCAGCCAUCCCAGCGACGACUAAUCCACUAAAUGCAUUGAACAUGCAGGGUACAGUUUCACAGCCCAUGACCUCGUCCGUAGACCAGGCUUCACAAGUUCAAGCUGGACAGGUUGGUGUAAAUCCUUAUGCCGCUGGCACUAUGGCGACGCCGUUCGCGGCUUUGAGUAAUCUCGCUCAGAAUCCGGCAUUAAUCCCACCGCAAAGCCAGAGUCAGACUCCUCCGAACCCACUCGCUGCCGCGGCCAAUCCCCUGGCCGCGCUACUGCCGCAGGCGACCACAGCCGCAGCUCAGCCGACUCCUAGUAUAGCGCCGGACGCCCUGCAGCAGCAGCUGCAGCUCUUGCAGCUUUUAGCCGCACAGGGAAUUCCGCAGGAACAGUGGGCUACCGCCCUGCAGAUUCUCAGCUUGUCUAAUGCUACAAACAUGGCCAAUGUGAAUUCUGGGCAGCCAGUUGGCUUCAACUUACCCAGUCAAACAGCCGCUGCCUGGGUUAGCCGUCCAGAUUCGCAGUCACGUGAUUUUGAUCGAGGGGAUCGUGAAAGAGACCGCGACUACAUGCGCUCUCCUCCAGGCCAGUAUCGUCGCCGAUCUCGGUCGCCUGGAUGGGACCGACGUCGUGAUGUGUCACCCCCUCGUCGCCGUGAUAGUCCUGUCUAUGGAGAGUAUCAUGGUGAUUCUCCCGGUCGUCGGGGUGAGAUGCGCAGUCGACGAGGCAAUGAUUAUCGUCAGCGCAGCCCGCCCGGGCGUAGACGGCGUUCUCCUACUCCCCCUCGAAAGGACCCGACACUGCCUCCUCCAGGCCCUAAAUUCAUCGAGUGGGAUUAUUCUAUCGGACAAGGAAACAUCAAAGUUCUGAGCAGAACUCUUUUUGUUGGUGGUGUCACAUCUUCGGAGGCACAUCUGCGAUCCUUGUUCGGCAAAUUUGGUAUUGUCCAAACUUGCAUCGUGAACGUCGACAAACGUCACGCGUUUAUCAAGAUGAUUGGUCGUCAGGACGCCGUCGAUGCCCGGGAGGGAAUGGAAUCUUACAAGUCCGGUGACAUGCAGCUUAGAACUCGAUGGGGUGUCGGAUUCGGUCCACGAGACUGUAGUGACUAUCAGACAGGCAUCAGUGUUAUUCCAAUCGAGCGACUCACGGAAGCAGAUCGUAAGUGGAUGCUUACCGCUGAAUAUGGUGGAACAGGAGGGCGACCUAUUGAGUCUGGCAUGGUGGUUGAGGAACCUGACAUUGAAAUCGGUGCUGGCGUUUCUUCGAAGGCCAUUAGUAGACGGAUCGCCACAGACACGGGAGGGAAACGCGGACCGGUGUCGUCCCGCACGCAUCAAGAUCGAUUCCGUCGCCCAGAGCGUGACGGGCAACCGGCUGGGAUGGGUCCUGGUGGCCCUGGCCCUCAUGAGGGUCGUGAUCUCUCGGCGGUCAAUAACGUCGGCGUACCCCCUGCAGUGCCUGGGUUCGGAUUUUCGUUUCCGGGGAUGCACAUGUUUCCUCCUGGCUUCAUGAUGGGAGGGGCACAAGCUGGAUCUUCCGGCGGAUCAACCCAACCACCACCACCUGGUCAGGGAAGUUAA